UAAAAUAAAAGCAACUGAAUAGUAUUUAAAAAUAUAUAACAUUUAUAAUAUAGUCUGUCUUACAAAAAUAAGGUACCGCGUCUCAACGAAAUCUGUUAUUUGUGCGCAUCCCCACCCCGCACUACAACUAGUACCACCACCACAAUCGGUUAGCAUCACCGACGACAACGGUCGUGGUAGCAAGUAAACACGAGCAGUGUAUAAACAGAGGCAACGUGAACUGAUCGUUCUCCAUUGUGAUACAUCGGGGUACCGAUAAAGCGUGUGGAGCGGUCCGGCAUCGGAUCAUAACUCAGUCUACAUGCGCGAAACGGUACUUUUCUUUCGUGAGACAGACUAUAGUAUUCAUAGAUUUUGGACAAACGAUAUAUAAAAUACUUUAUUACUAGGGAAAGGAUUGACUUCAUGUCAUAUUAAGAGAAUCUAAAAAUCACAUAUAAAAGGAUUAUUUAAUUUUUGAUGAUAUUUUUUUAAGAGAAUAUCUGAUUAAAUAAAUCAUAAUAGUAUUAUUUUUAAAAAUUAUUUCACUUUGACUUUAUACUUUUUGGUCUAGACAUUUAUUUUAAAAUAUAAGUUUUAUUUCAAAUUAUUAAUUUAAGGUUACAGGGUUAAUAAUCAACACUAAUUAUUAAUUAUUAACUAAUUGGUUAAUUUAUUGCUAACAUAAUUACAUUGUAUUAUAGGUUAUUAUUAGUCUUUUGAGACAAUAGUAUCUGAAUUUUCAUCUAAUGUUCAUGCAAUUUUAUAAAAUUAAUUUUAACUAAAAUUAAACACUUGACAUCUUGAAUCAUGUUUCAACAUACAUAUUUUGUAAAUCGCAUAAAUAUUUUGGACGAAAAAAAUUUCUAAUUCCUAGAAGUCUCCAGUUUUAAUCAUUAGAUAAUAGAUAUUAUAUUGCUUAGUUACUAAUAAUAUUGUAAAAUAAAUAUCCAAAAUUCAAUAACGUUAAUCAUAUUAUAUUAUUAUAACAUGGCUAGAGCAAAUGUAUCUGUAAGUGAUGAUCAAAAUUUUAGAAGUCGCUGUGAGCAAGAACAAAAAGCAUUUGAUGAUUGGCCUAAUAAGUGGGAAUGGAUAUUAGAUGAAUAUAAAGAAAGAAAUGAAAAAUUAAAUGCCGUAAAGAAAAAUGCAAUGAUGAGAAAGGGCAAUUUAAACAUGGAUCUUAGAAGUGUACUACCUUUUCCUAACACAACAUCAAGAGAAAUUGGUUGGUUAUCAAGUAAACAAGAAUUUCAAUUAGAAAUAUUUGGGCCAUACAUUACACAUUUGCCAAUUGAAAUAAAAUCAAAUUACAAGACUGAUUUUUAGGUAUAUAUAUUAAGACAUACACUAUAAUGUAUGUAUAUAAUUUAUGUUUAAUUAUGCGUGACAGAAAAUGAGGGAGGCCAUCUGGGAAAAUGAAUCCCUACUAUUUAGUAAAUUGCAAGUGGAAAAAUUUAUAUUUUUCUAAAUUAUUCAUAAAUUUAAAAAGUUUUAAAUUAGGUACAAUAAUUUAAAUUUCUACAAUUUUAAACUAGAUAAUAUUAAUUAUUCUUUGAUAAACUUGAAAUACCUAAUUAUUUUAGAAAUCAUCAGGAUUAAAAAUAUUGAGAAACCACAUACAAACAGAUAGGUAUUAAGGAAAUAUUUAGUAAAAAAUCCUAUAUUUAUAAUUUCUGGAGCUGCUUACAAUUCAAAAUUAUAUUUAAGAUAUAUUUAAAAUGUAUGUUUUCAA